AUGAGUUGCGCUAAGAAUAACGAGACGUGUUGUGACACCAAAUCCGAGGCCACCGAAGACCACAUCCGGGAAGCGGUUCGUCAGCAUUACGCCCGAGUGGUGACCAGUGCUAAGGAGGGGUCGGGUGACUGUUGCGGCGCCGGCUCUUGUUUCACGCCCAACACUACCGAUAAAUACGCUCAGAAGUUAGGCUACGACCAGAAAGACCUGGAUAAUCUGCCAGAGCGGGCCAACCUGGGCCUGGGAUGCGGUAAUCCUAUCAAAGCGGCUAAACUGGUGGCUGGAGAGACGGUUCUGGACUUGGGUUCGGGCGCCGGCUUUGACGCCUUUAUCGCGUGCCGAGCGGUGGGCCCAACGGGUCUCGUGAUUGGUGUGGAUAUGACCGAUGAGAUGAUCACCAAAGCCAACGCAAACGCACUGAAGUCCGGCUACAAGAAUGUGGACUUCCGGUUGGGACAGAUCGAGGACCUGCCCGUCGAUAAUGGAUCAGUUGACGUGAUUAUCUCGAAUUGUGUCAUAAAUCUGGUGCCAAACAAACGUAAGGCUUUCCAAGAGUCGUAUCGUGUGCUGAAGUCCGGAGGAAGGCUCGCCAUCUCGGAUGUGGUCACGAAUGUGGAGCUCCCGGAGUCGGUGCGCAAGGAUUUGGCACUUUAUGCCGGAUGUUUGGCCGGCGCUACAGUUGUCAGUGAUUUGGAGGAGUUCCUCAAAAGCGCCGGUUUUAUUGACAUUAAGAUUACACCCAAAGACGAGUCCCGGGAAUUCAUUAAGGAUUGGGCGCCCGGUAUGAGACUCGAGGAGUUUGUCAUAUCGGCACACAUUGAGGCCAGAAAGCCGUGA